AUGACGAUCAACAAACUCCUUACCCUAGUCCGCCGUUCAUCUCGGCGGACUGCCAUCCUCUCCUCCCUCCGAUCCUCCCCCCUCUCCACCUCCGCCGGACAUGUUAAUGCCUAUACGUCGAGGGAGCAGACUACUUAUUAUGCUAAGGUUUCGCAAAAUGAUGUUCCGGUUGCGCUUGAUAUUCUUGCUGAUAUUCUUCAGAAUUCGAAAUUUGAUGAGAAUCGGAUUAGUCGUGAGCGCGAUGUAAUUCUUAGAGAAAUGGAAGAGGAGCAUGAGAAGAAGCCAAUUAUUAGCGAAGUUAUUCCAGAAUAUGAUAUUGCUAUUGUUGGAGGAGGCAUGGUUGGCAUGUCUUUAGCCUGUUUCUUAGCUAGUAUGCCAAUGACAAAGCAGUUGAGUGUGGCAAUUAUUGACAGCAAUCCAGCUCUGGGUAGUGGCUUAAGCAUCCAAAGAGAAGACCCUCCUGAUCCUAGAGUCAGUACAGUGACUCCUGCUUCUAUAUCAUUUCUCCAAGAUGCUGGUGCUUGGAAUUAUGUUGAGCAAAACAGACAUGCUUAUUUUAAAAAAAUGCAGGUCUGGGAUUAUACUGGUUUUGGGUUUGCUAGAUACGAUGCAAGAGAUGUAAAUAAAGACUUUCUAGGGUGUGUAGCAGAGAAUAAAGUGCUUCAUAGUGCCUUAUUGUCAUGCGUAAAGGAUUCUGAUUUCAAGACAACAUUCUACCCGUCAAGAUUAACUUCAAUGACUUUGAGUACAAACUCUAUGUCUACUGUGAAGGCGAGUAUACCAUCUAAAGAACUACCAUCUGGUCAAGGUCAUACUUCAAAGCUGCAACUUAGUGAUGGCAGUAGCUUAUAUGCCAAGUUGGUGGUCGGGGCUGAUGGAGGAAAAUCCCGCGUUAGGGAGUUAGCAGGUUUCAAAACAACUGGAUGGAAUUACUCUCAGAAUGCAAUAAUCUGUACUGUAGAGCAUACUUCUGCUAACCAUUGUGCGUGGCAACGGUUUCUACCUAACGGCCCAAUUGCACUUCUACCGAUGGGUGAUAAUUUUAGCAACAUUGUUUGGACCAUGAGUCCAACAGAGUCCACCGAUCGCAAAUCAAUCACCGAGGAAAUGUUUUUGAAGGAUGUUAAUUCAGCUUUUGAUGAUGGAUAUGGACCUCAUCCCACAUCAAGCUCGUUAGGACCACGAGACCUGUUUUCUUGGCUUAAAAUGGAUCCAACUUUAUCAGCUAAUGAAGUCUUUGAAAUUCCUCCAAAAGCAAUAAGAUUGGCAUCCGAAAGGAUGGUGUUUCCUCUGUCUUUAAGGCAUGCCAAUUCUUAUGCAUCAAAACGCAUUGUUCUAAUAGGAGAUGCAGCCCACACUAUCCAUCCUCUUGCCGGUCAAGGGGUUAAUUUGGGUUUUGGAGAUGCAUUUUCUCUUUCAAGAGUUAUUGCAGAGGGUAUCGCUUUGGGAUCUGAUAUUGGAGAGGUAAGUUUGUUAAAGAAGUACGAAGCAGAUAGGAAACCAGCAAAUGUUGCGAUGAUGGCAUUACUCGACGGCUUCCAAAAAGCUUACUCUGUUGAUUUUGGGCCUUUUAAUUUUCUGCGAGCUGCAGCCUUCAAUGGAGCAAACUAUAUAUCACCACUCAAGAGAAGAAUAAUUUCUUAUGCUUCAGGGGAGAAUAAAUUGCCCAUUUUCUUCUGA